AUGGACGUGGAAGAACAACAGCAGAAAUUGAAACUGUUAGAAGGGUCCGUAUCGCCUAGGGCACGGUACCUGUUCAGGAAUUACUUCUUGCAGUAUGUGAAGUGGUGUCAGAAACAUGGUCUGUUACAGGAUGAGGAUCUGGACAGUAACAGGGAGGUGUACUCCAAUCUGCCCCUGUAUAACGCUGUAAUACAUCGGUUUAUUAUAGACACUGUGGUGCUUCAAAAUGGUAAUGAUAGUGGGACUAACGAAAUUGAUACGGAAGCGUUCGGAAUGAUCGUGCAGGCGUUGCAAUUCUACGGUAAGAUAUGCUCGCUGUACGGGAACGAGAGGAUGGACUUAAAUGCAAGUUUGCCCUACUUCGUCAACGUGAACCUCCUGCACACAAACAGGAUCAAUUGGAAACCACUGGUCACGGUGUCCCUCAAUAUGUGGAACCCAGAGGCUAACAGUACAAAUUUCAAGAGUUCCAUGGAGAGGCUGCGGUUUCUCGUAGACUUCCAGUUCGCUUCCUACACGAAACUGACCUUCCAGGAGAGAUCCCGCUUGAAGAUGAGUUCUUUACAAAUAAGAGGUCAAACUUUAAGAGAUACAGAGAUAUGGUACGAUACGUACGAUGAUACAGUGGACGAUGGAAAUGGUACAUCACUUCAUAGACCUGUGUCUUUGCUGCCCCAGGACUGCCCCUUUCUGUGUCCCUGGACUACACUCGCCGCGUAUCUUUUCUUUAGAUUCUACGGGAUCAAGUCUGGGUUCAGGGGGGACGGGUUCCCGGAUCUGAAUAACGACGAUUUGGUAAGGUCACUUCCAUUGAUAAAAGGUAAGUUCGCAGCAGAGUACCCGCGGGAAAACACUUUGGGACUUUACUACUCAUCAGUGCUCAAGUACUGCUCGUUACCAUACAGGAAAAAAAAUUACUUCGAAGGUAUGAGACCAAACUUCCCGCAAUUGGAUUACCGAGAGUUUGAACUGCUUAACGAAAGGAUGCCGGAUGACGUCGUCCCGUUCGACUUCAAACGUAUUCUCAACGCGAAAUCCCCUUACCUCUCAGAUAAGUCCACCGCCAGCAAUUUCAACUGCAAUUGGAAAAACGAGUCAAUUGGCCCACCACGAACAAUACUGACACAGGUGUUUCCAGAGAUUGAAAAGUUCAAGAAGGACAAAACUUUAUUGUCUGAGGAGUCCCAAGCUUUCUUGGACCUUCUUGAACUGCUGCGAUUACAACUAGUCAGCAACUUACCCCUCAUCUAUAAAGUGUUCCCCAGUCACGAACUUUUUAGACACGACAUCUUCAAUAACUCGGAUUUCCAAAUGUACUUGCACGAUUUCCAAUUGAAUGAGGGAGACUUACUUCCAUUCACUCUCCUGGCGAAGAAACCGGCGCACUUACCUGACCUCUACAGCUACCUGGUCGAACCAGCGGGCUCAACGGCGAUGGUAGCUGACAGAGCCGAUAGGAGGAACCCCCCUGUCGCUCAAGCACUCACCAGUAACGACCAACUCGAAGAGAUAAAAAGACAAAACUUCGAAUUCAUCCAGUUCCAAACGCUUUCAAACUUCAAGAGCUUCAUCAUUCUUAUCUCUAAGAUAUUCGACAAACUGUCCAUCAAGAACUCGUCUCGAAGGGAAAUCACCAGACAGAUUAACUACUAUACAGACCUACUGCAAGAGAAAUUGAACAGUUCCAAUCCGAAAGAUAUAAAGGAUUACUUUCUGAAAAAUGAGAUAUUGAAACACAGUGCUGGCUUGGUACCAAGCGAAGAACCUUCUAGAAACAGGAAACAGUCCUCAAAUUUCAAACUGCUGGAUGUAAGUGAGGACGAAGACGAGGACCGCAUGGUUAUGGAUAGUGGUUCUGAGGCGGGGUCAGAGGUGGAUUCAGAAGAAUUGAAGAGAAUGGUAGAAGAACUGGUUUCAGAUAGAGUGACAUCGAUCGUCGCUGAACAGAUAAGCUAUUUGGAACAGCGUUUGGAGGCUGAAAUGGACCGUAAGCUUGAUGCCAAAUUGGAUGCACUUUUCAAUCAGAAAUUAAAGCGGCGAUUGUCCAACGAUAACGAUCUCGAUUCAGAUUCAAGCAUUGAAACCAACUUUAGUCUCGGUAGUGAGUCUCUCAAAAGAUCAAAUGCAAACGAUUUUGCCAAGAGAGUCAAGUUGCAGGCUGCUAAUAUGUCAUCAUCUCUUGUAGGUAAUCGAAGAGAAGCUCCGUCGUCAGCCAAACACAGCUUCAGAAUGGACGGAAAUAUAAACUCGAUCGAGGAAGUCAUCAUCGAAUGGUUCACACCUAACCCAGACAUGAACAAUCAGUGCGUCCAUUCUAUGAACAAAACUGGAGAUAAGACGUGGAGAAUACCCUUUGAAAGCAUAUACAGGCAGAGGAAAGUCAUCAUUGAAUUGUAUGUUUUCUUGAUCAAUGUGCAACACAUUGACCGUUACCGUGCAAUUGAACUCUGUAACCAUUGGGCGGCUGGGAAAACGUUGGCCGAGUUCGCCCACUUCCUCAAGAAAUGGAAAAGGGAGCAUGGUAAUUCUUUCGAGAGUCUCUACGCUUUGAACCGUUCCCCUUGA